AUGAGUGGUGGUAAAAAGAGGAGUGGCUUUCAGAUCACCAGCGUGACUUCAGAGGUGAACCAGAGUCCAGCAGACCAAUUGUCUCCUAGCGCUGUCCUGCCCAUCAUCCAAUCAGAGGUCUCUCUGCAGUCCCCCGUUUGCAGCCCUCAGGGAAGCUCCUCCCAGCCAACCACACCCUCUCUGAAGAGGAAGUACAUCUCCCUCGAUGGCGGGCAGGGGGCGGGGUCUUCCUCCAGGUUCAGGGUGGUGAGACUAGUCGGUGGAGCCGGCGGCGGAGGCCGGGGUGAAUCGUAUCGUCGCGGGCGAUGGACAUGCACAGAGUUCACAGAGCGGCAGGAAGGCCCGGGGUUCAGGCGGGUAAUGGACAGCAUGAGACACGCCCACUCCUUGGAGUCCCUGGAGAUGAUUGGCCGGGAAAGCGAGAGGGGUGGAGUCUAUUCUCAAGACAACACCCAUAUGCUGGCUCAGCACGUGCUGCACAGCGGCCCGCCUUCACCCACACACCAGACGCCAACUAAUGUCCGGCUGCUCGACCACAAGGAGUCACGCCUUGUGGUCGAGCAGGGCUUAGGCUCCACCCCUCCACCACCUUCACCCCGCCCACGCUUUGCCCCAACUCCUCUGCGGCUGGAUGUGGACGCCUCAGGACGGUCUGUCCUCAGGCUGUCUCACUCUCAGCCUGGCUCCCCCCCUGCUGGACUGUACCAACCCCCUCUGACCCCUGCUCAGACGCCUUCAGGCUUCAGCCUGGACCGCACCAUGUUCGACCUGCCGGGGGACGCCAGGACUCUGCAGCUUGUUGCUAAGCAACUGGAGCCUCCAGUUGUCUUGCGGGAUCAUACAAAGGUCAAAGGUCAUGGCUCAGUUGUCAGGGAGUCCUGGCCGAGUACCAGGACAUCGAUCCAAGAACUCAAACCACGGGUGAGUCAGAGGUCCCUGACCCCUCCCUCCAGAGCUCAACCUGUCACAGAGGCCCGCCACCGAUCCACCAAUCAACCACAGCCAUCCCAGCGACCCCAGAAUCCUCUGCGGCACACUGCCCCGCAUCCUCAUUGGUCAGUUCCUGCCAGGGCGUCACCCACCGGGCAGGGUUCGGAGGCCACCAUGAUGGCUCUGCUGCUGUUCUGCCACAGUAGUUCCAGUAACAGUUUGAUCGCCAUCGACAACAAAAUUGAGCAGGCCAUGGACCUGGUGAAGAGUCACCUGAUGCUGGCGGUGAGGGAGGAGGUGGAGCUUCUGAGAGAACAAAUCAGAGAGCUGCAGGAGAGGAACCGGCAACUGGAGAGAGAGAACCACACGCUGAGGGCGCUGACCCACAGCAUGCACACGCACUAA